UUUCAUUCAUUCCGAUUUCAUCGUUCUGUUGAAUCGGAUGUAAAAGUGUUUUUCUCUGCUUAAUAGUGGUGACUCAUAGCUUACCCAGUGAAUCAAUAAUCUGAGCAAACACCGCUCACCUACGAUUUUUAGGCAAACUACGCCAUCUUUGCCAACACCGCCGCCUAUUCUGCAUCUACGAAGCAAGCUCUUCUUCGACGUGCUCGUAUUCUACGUAACCGACGUUAAUCAGCGCACCGUCGUCAUCUACGCAAGGCACGCACACUCGUCGAUUGAAUAGAACGUUUGACAGUGAAAAUGAGCGAACAGAAGGGCACUAGAGUCUACGUCGGCAACCUCACCGAUAAAGUGAAGAAGGAGGAUCUCGAGGGAGAGUUCACCAAGUACGGUAAAUUAAACUCUGUAUGGGUAGCUUUCAAUCCCCCAGGUUUUGCUUUCAUUGAGUUCGAAAACAAAGAGGAAGCAGAAUCGGCAUGCGACAAUCUGAACGGCCAGGACAUUCUCGGUUCGAAACUACGGGUUGAGAUAUCGAAGGGGCGUCGUAGCACUCGUGGAGGUUCGAGGGGAUUCCGUGGUCCACCCGGUCGUUCUAGCAACGGUGGUGGGGGCGGUUUCCGUUCAAGCUCUCGAGGUGGCUUCCGUGAUGGGGGCGGUUAUCGCAACGGAGGCAGCGGUGGGUUCCGUGGUCGCAGCGGAAGUCGUUUCGACAGCUAUGGAUCCAUGCGUUCGUCGGGUGGGUCCGGUGGAUACAAUCGCGACUCGAACCGCGAUGGCUACGGCAGUGGAUUCGGAAGCAGUUAUGGCGGUGGUCGAAGCAGCGGCGGCGGCGGUGGCAGAUUCCGAUCGAGAUCACCAGUUGGAGGACGCGGUCGAUAUUAGAUCUGUAGCAUUUAAGUUGCACUGAGUUACUAUCACUUUUUUUUCUUGUGUAUUAUGUAACAAGCUGCUUGAACCGUCUCGUCUCGUUUUCUUGCUAGAUAGUCAAGAAUUAGGGCAGUAGCUCAAGCACAAUCCUAUUUAUUUUCCCGUGAGAAAUUUCGGGUUCAUAUAUUUUGUAUACCGGUAGGAACAUAUACAGCACGCGUUGAUUUUUUUGGAAAGCUAGACCCAAGGAAACAUCCGGUAGAUUAUAGGAUUAUUAUUUGACUUCACAUAAAAUUAACUGAGUAAAGUUUUACAUUAGCCAAAAGACACGGACGAUCUACUGUUUUAUAUGUGUUUUAAUAUAUAAAAUAGAAAAGGCAAAGGAAUUCUUUGUCACAUAUGCUUUGAAUAUAUACAAAUUGGCGAAUUAUAAGCAAGCUCAAUUCAAAAUUCUUAUAAUUUUUGGUUUAAACUGCCCAAAUCGUAUAAAAGUGCGGUGCAAUAUCUUCAGAAGAAAAUUUUAACAAUCGCGUAUACAGGCGUCCUUUUACCAGCAUCGGUAUUAGUAGGAUGGAAAACGAAUAUCGAGUUUGCCGUACAACAAACCUAUCCUGAAAACGAAACCUUUCUUUCAUCUGAGAAGGGCAAUUCAUAUUUUAAAUCCACAAUUGGAAGAGACACAAUAAAUUCGAUUCAAUAUCAAAAAGUA